AUGCUGUUGUUAGGUGUCGCUCGAACGCGACUACGCAUGAACACAACCUCAAUCUUAAAAACUCGGAUCAAAAAAUAUUCGAUCAAGGGCUCAGGCUCAGGCCCGUCUUCAAAUCCGGCAAGGAAUUUUACGGUUGCUGUUGUAGUCGGUGCACCAAGUCUUUGGUGGCUGCUAACUUCCCACGACAAUGUGCCACUUCACGAUGUGCCACUUCUUGAUAGCCCUCCUACUGAACACUGUGGCAUUGAGCCAAGCUCUUCCAAAAACGAUGUCACACGCAUCAUAUCGCAGGGAGCAUACUCAUUUCCGAUCGGAAACGUCGUCGGCGUCAGCAGAUACGAUGGUGCUCAAUUGGCUUCCAAUAGCCCGUGCGAGGACCGUUUCACCCAUGGCAAAUUUCCAUCACCGUCCAUCGAAGGUAAUCAGUGGAUGGCCUGGGGUGUUUUUGACGGUCAUUCAGGCUGUCAAACGGCAGAAUUACUAAAGGAGCAGCUUCUGCCUUUUGUCCGACACAGCCUGAAUCAAGUCAAGCCAUCCUUAGACGAAGAUUCUUUGCCAGUGGAGUCAGUACAGCGUGCUAUUAUGGAUGGGUUUGUGAAACUCGACGAUUCAAUCAUCAAAACAGCCGUUGAUACGGCUCAGAGUGGAUUAUCUUUGCAAGAGAAAGUGAAGAGACUAGCACCCGCCCAUGCCGGUUCGUGUGCUUUGCUUUCCAUGUACGAUCCUAUCUCAAGCUGGCUGCAUGUAGCCUGUACUGGAGAUUCAAGAGCUGUUUUGGGACAGAAAGGGUCAGACGGCAAAUGGGAAGUGAUACUACUGUCAGAAGACCAGAAUGGCUCAAACUACGAAGAAAUUGCCAGACUGCAAAAGGAGCAUCCUGGUGAAGAUAACAUUGUCAAACAUGGACGAGUGCUAGGAAUUAUGGUCUCGCGAGCCUUCGGCGAUGCUAGGUGGAAGUGGCCUCUGGAAUUCCAGGAGGAUGUGAAGCGACGAUUUUUUGGUCCAGCACCUCUGACGCCCAGAUACGAAAUUAAAACGCCCCCAUAUUUGACGGCUCGACCAGUUGUGACUAGCGUCAAGAUCGAUCCUACGAAGCCUUCCUUUCUGAUCAUGGCAACAGAUGGUUUAUGGGACCUGCUCUACAAUGGGCAGGCCGUCGAUCUAGUCGGAGAUUGGUUGGAGUCAGAGAAGAAGACGAAUAGCAACCUAGAGUCAACAUACAAGCCAUUUGACUUUAGUCAAUGUUGGGAUGAUCCCCCUGUCUAUUCGAGGUUCGUGAAGGAGAGAACUACAGUGCAAGAUGACAAUGCUGCGGUGCAUUUGGUGCGUAAUGCUCUGGGUGGCAACCAUCACGAGAUGAUAGCCGGCCGGCUUGCCUUCAGCGCCCCAUCCUCUCGAAAUGUACGCGAUGAUAUUACUGUACAGGUAGCUUUCUUCAAUGUGCCAGAUAAGAAGAAAUAA